AUGCCUAUCAAUCAGCCAUCGGGACAGAUCAAGUUGACUAAUGUUUCCUUAGUGAAGUUAAAAAAGGCCCGUAAAAGGUUUGAAGUUGCGUGUUAUCAAAAUAAAGUCCAAGAUUAUCGUAAAGGAAUCGAGAAAGAUUUAGACGAAGUACUUCAAAUACAUCAGGUUUUCAUGAACGUCUCCAAAGGUUUGGUUGCUAAUAAGGAAGAUCUACAAAAAUGUUUCGGGACCACAAAUAUUGACGAUGUUAUCAAAGAAAUCAUGCAUAAGGGAGAAAUCCAACUAUCAGAAAAAGAACGGCAAUUAAUGGUUAACAAAGUCAACAAUGAAUUGCUUACAAUAAUCAGUGCUAAAUGUAUCAACCCUAUAUCAAAGAAAAGAUAUCCACCCACAAUGAUUCAUAAAGCUUUGCAGGAACUAAAAUUCAGCCCUGUGAUUAACAAGCCUGCCAAAUUGCAAGCAUUGGAAGCAAUCAAACUAUUAGUCUCUAAGCAAAUUAUUCCAAUCGUAAGAGCAAAGAUGAAGGUCAAAGUAGUUAUAGGUGAACCGUGUAAGCAAUCCAAAAUAAUCGAGAAGAUCAGCACACUGAUAACCACAUCACCUCAAGAGCCAACAGAUCCGGAAUUGGAUACAUGGACAUGCAUAGGUCUUAUUGAUCCUGUCAAUUACAGAGAUCUAAUGACGCUAUGCGAUAAAAGGGGAAUUGUACAAGUCUUGGAUAUGGCAGUCAUAGAUAAUACAACGCAUAACUAA